GUUAACAAGCUUACCAAUGGGACGUAAAAUUUCCUCAUAGCUAUUUCAAUUUUUCAAAAGUUGUGCAAGUAGAAAGGACAGUUGUAACUAUUCAAAUAAUGUUACUGCUAUCGAUAAUAUGAAGAAUUUAUUUAAAAUGCUCAAUGUGUAAUGAAACUAGUUGCUUCAUAGGUGAAAUUAACUGUGCACCAUCAUGACAGAAAUAAAUAGAAUACCUGCUGAAGUCUGCGGAGACCGUAACGAAAAUAUCGGUAAUAACUGCUGGCAAACGCAAGAAUGUGGCUUCACAGUGGAACAUGCAGAAAUUUUUCCCACAAGUAACAUUCCCACAUUCGAUAAGGAAGAAAAUUCCCAUAAAGUUGUUGUGAUGGUGCAGCCACAUGAAUCUGCCAGCACAUCAGUGCCAUGUAAACUUGCACACCCAAGGUUGUCUAGUUCUGGGUCAGUCUGCAGGAUUUGUCACGAAGAUGACACCAGCGAAAAUCUCAUUUCUCCUUGUGAAUGUACGGGAACACUGGGCCUUGUCCACAGAAAGUGCCUAGAGAAAUGGCUCUCUGCUUCCAACACAACUGAAUGUGAAAUCUGCAAGCACCAGUUUAAUACACGUCGUUACCAGAGGUCUAUAUGGCAGUGGUUCCAAAGCCAUCGAGGAUUAGGCUGUCACCAGGGAUUUUAUCUAGAUGUGCUAUGUCUUCUGAUCUUAACACCUCCAUGCCUAGUAUCUAUAUAUCUGUGUGCCAUGUGGGCUGCUGUGUACAUGGAGGAUAGAUUUUGGGAAGCAACAGGGCUUGCCUCGCUUUGCUUCUUCUUACUUCUCACGUACUCGCUGUGGGUUGCUGUUACAGUAAGGUUCCACUGGAUGGUGAUGAGGAGAUGGCAGGGAAUGAAUCAGAUCAUACGACUCACAGACCUGCAACGUUGUCAUCCUGCAAGCAGAGGACAACAGAGGACUGAAGUGAAUAACAAUGGAAUUCUGGAACAAGAGAACACUAGUGGGUCAUCACAAGUUUUUGAAAUGAAUACUCCUGUCUAGUCACUUUCUAAUUAGUAAAUACAACUGAAAUACAAGUUUUUUUGUUUUUUUGUUUUUUUGUUUUUUUUUUUUAUCUGUCCAGGCUUAAAUGAUAUACAAACAAGAAUGCUGCUGUCCAUUUGAAGAAACGACAGAAUUGAGAUAGUGACAUAAUAUUUUGCUAAUUAUCUGAUGAAAUAUUUCAGUAUUUCAGAUUCAUUCCAUUAUAAUUUGGAUAUUCAUUCCUUACUUCUGCACUGCAACUUGCUGUGAAUGAGAAUCUUGUUUUAAAGUGCGGUAAUAAAGAUUAUGUAACAUUCCUCAUGUAUAUCAAUCUUCAGGUAAACUCAGAUGUGAUAACAAGUGCCAUAAUGGUUUAUCUGCCAGUGUAAAGCAGAUAACUACUUAAUAUGUUGAUGUUAUGAAUUUUAUAUUUUAUGUUAAUAAGUGUGUGUUUGAAGCUGCGUAACAGUUGUAAAUUGAUUGAUGUACUACACCUCUCUCUGUUUUAUGAUAGGUUAUACAUUAGAAUGUCUGGACAUCAGUACAUCUUAUUGAUAUCGAUAGUGCUCAUUAUGAAUGAUCCUAAUGAUACUGAAGAUCAAAUACCUUCAUGACAUUCAGUUACAAUACCAAAAACAAUUUUGUAAGCUCUCUUAAAGCAGAAACACUUAUAAAAAAUGUAUCAUGCUGAUCUGCAAUAAGCACAUAUCUUUACAAGAAAGUCACAUCAUUUCAUAAUUAUAUUUCAUUAUUAUGCUGCAAAUUUUCCAGUGAAUGGUAUGUGAUCUUUGCUGCUAAUCAAUCUGAUAUCGCUGUUCUAUUGCUUGCAUUUUUACACACUAUCCAAAUGUGUCCUUGCUCUAGUCAUUAACACCACAAGUGCCUCUAAAAGUACAAAUAUGUAUAUUUUAAAUUGUGGGAAGUGCUUUUGUGUUUAUAUACAGUGAUAAUUCUUCACAGAAAUAUUGAAAUAGAGUUAUGAUGAAAUACAAGAAGCAACCUGUACCAUAAAACUUAUUUUAUAAAAAUACUGCUCAUUACUUAUACUAUGGAAUGCCCAAUUUGUAUGUCACUUAUGCUACUUCAUGAUCCUUACAUUUAAAUUUUCUAUAGGUACGGAAACAUAGACAUCUCAUAAUCGUAAAUUUCUGUAAGCAGUUCCUGAUUUCAUAUAGAAAGAACUGUUCCAGAAUUUUUAUAUAGUGCUUCUUGUGUUCCAUCUGAAUCAUAAUUGAUUUGUAUCGUAGUUUUUCUGCCAGAGGCUCAGCCAGAAGUUGUUACCAAAGAUGAGUUUGCGGUGUUUCUAAUUUGAAGGAUCAAAGGUUUUUUAAAGAUGAUUUUAAACUCUUUUGUAAAUUAAAGUAUGUAUUGUGUUUUUGAAGCUU